AUGGGUUCCAUGAUUCACGAGGCUCAGGCCAUAGUGAGCGCCUUGCGCGGACAGACACUUCACGUCCCAGACCUUGGCGGAAUCUUCAAGAACUGGUCGGUGAAGACAAACCCCCACUACCAAAAGGUCAUCCCCGUUGUCGAGGAUGCAUUUGAUCGAAUGGUCAAGAACCCAGCUCUGCGGAAGAAGUAUCGUGAGGCAAACUACGCCAGAUUCGUGAGCUUGUACUUCCCACACCCGGAGUGGAACCAGAUCAAGACUCUCGCCCACUACAUCGUCUGGCUGUUCUGCUGGGACGAUGCCAUUGAUCAAGAAGGAAGCGACUUGAGCCACAACCUCCUCCGCGCCAAGACCCAUCGCUCGAAUACUAUCAGAGUACUGGAGAACGUUCUUGGCCUCACCACCCAGCCCGCCUCCGAAAUCGAUCGUGACCACGUCAACGCGGAGCUGAAGAACAUCGGAGACGAGCUGCAGAAGGCAUACACUCUCGCACAGAGAAAGGCCUUCAUGUCCCAGAUGCGCCGAUACAUCGAGGACUGCGACAAAGAGCAAUCCCUGCGUCUCCGGGGCAGCCUGCCUGACCUGGAGACGUAUGGUGAGAUACGACACGGGACGGCGGGCGUCUGGACCCUCUGCGCCCUCAUCGAGUUUGGGCUGGGGGAGGCCGUCCCGUGGCGCAUCUGCCACAUGGAGGAGCUGCACUCCUUGUGGGCAGAGACUAGCAGAGGGAUCUGGAUAACCAACGACAUCCUUUCCCUGAAGAAGGAGAUGCCCAAGGACGACAGAGCUGCCGAGAGCAUCGUCAACGCCGUCCCCAUCCUCAUGGCUGAGCAGGGCAAGUCGCCCCAGGAAGCAGUCGACGCCCUGCUCGCCGACCUCGUCGUCUCCGUCGCAGCCUUCGAGGCCGCGGCGGCCGCCCUGGCGGAGGCGGCGGGGGAGGAGGGACGGCAGGCGGUGCUGCGGUACUGCGAUGCUUGCCGGUGCAUGGUCACCGGCAGCAUCCAGUUCACAUUCGAGUCCACCCGAUACAAGUUGGCGGGCUGCCUGAACGAGGACGGAUCGUUGGAUAUUCCGCUGUAA